CAGCACAUCUAUCACUGACCAAACGCCUUGACACUGCUAUUCUUUGUUUCUAGAAUGGCUGAAUGGACUACUUGGAAUUUUAAGGUUAAAAAAAAGACAUUUUCUGUUUUCUUAGCCGAGUUUCAAUUUUUCUGCAGAAUGUGACCCUUUAUUUAGAUGUUGCCUAAAAUAGUAGAGAACCUCCUCUGCAUUGAUUUUAAAAAUCCCUUUUACAACAAACAGUUUGCAAAAGUGUUCCAACCUUGAUUCAUAUAUCACAUCUUAUUCAGUUUUCCAAGAUGGGCUUUUUAGGAUCUAAUAGCCAAUAUAUUUUUUUUAAUAACUGUACAAAAUUUACAUAUGUUAUUUGCUAGUAUAUAAAAUGUUUAAAAAAUUAAUAUUUUGUCGUAAGUUUGAAGAGAUUUUAGAACUCUAGUUUAUUAGAACAUUAGUUUCACUUCCACUUGUUCUUAAAAACAAUAUAUGAGAUCAACAUCUCCUCAAUAGGAGCUUCAAAAAUUCACAGCGUGUUCCAGAAAAUGAACACGGAGAAGAAGUCCAUUGAAAAACUUUUUUCCUGUCUUUGCUUUCCUUUACUGCUAAAGAUUCUUUUAAAUAUUUCCAAAAGUUAUAAAAAAGGUAACAGUAAAAAAUUGCCAUAAAAAAUUGUAAGAGUUCACAGACUAAAUUAUUCUUUACAGGGAAAAUUUCUGAUACAUGAAAAAAUUGUACCACAGAACAUGCCACUAUAAGACAAUAUUUCCUAACAUAAUGCUUGGAAAUACUACUACUACAGAAAUAUUUGUGCUCCAAAACUAGACACAAUUGGUAAGGCCACUAAAUGAUUAUUGAGAGACCAAAGUUUAAAUUCAUCUUGUCUUUCCAUUUGUACAACUUUUUUCCUUUUUGAGUAUACAAACACCCAAAAGAAACAUUUAAUUACAAUUAACAAUAACAUUAAAAACAGAUACAAAACUAGCUUUCACUGUCUCAAUGGAAGACCCACAAGUACAUUUGUUUCAUGUACGUAUAAAGUCACAGCCAUAUUUUUAUGGACGGAUAAAUUAUCAUAUCUUUUCUUAAAACUAUGAGUAUUCUCAAAUAAUUAGUAAUACCAUUUCAUUUCCUGGUAAAAGUGUUCUUAGGAGGUAACCACAGUCCUUCCCUCCACCUCAAGAAAAUUUGAUUAAUAUACUACUGAUUUGAACAGGUGAUUACAAAUCAAAUAUUAUCUGAAUCAUUAGCUCUAACUGCACUCAGCAUACUUUCUAAAACAUGAGGCAUAUUUGCAAAUCCAACAGCUGUUGCUUCAACAUCAUUCAUGUGUUCUUGUCUCAUUCGUUCAUUAAAUGCAUCAGGGGCUGAUAUUUUGUUUUGCCAAAGCUCAAAAUACUCUUUGGCAGAAAUGGAAAAGCUUUCUCUUCCUUCAGCUUUCAAAAACUGCUGCCACACUUGCUCAACAGGAAAUGGAGUUGGUGCAGGCUUAUUUCCUACAAUACAUGGACUUCUGAAAACUCGCAAACGAUGCACAAGGUAUUCUAAGGUGUACAAUUUAUCUCCUUCAACACCAUGGAAAGUAAUGGACUUAUUACUGCAGCAGCCAAAUCCCUGUGAAGUAUAUAGUAAAUUAAAUUUUGAACAAGAAACCUUUAGAUAGAAAGAAUAAUUGUAAAUAUUUGAAAAUAUCUUUAAUAUUAACAUUUACUUCAAUUUGUGGGUAUAAACUCUUCUUCCAAUAACUGGACAGUUUGGACAGACGUCCAGGAAAUAACAACUGAUUAAAAUUGUUACCAUGGAAACGACUAUGAUCUCCUACAUCCCUUGUAUCUUUUGGAAAAAUGCCCAUAUUUCCAAGAUGUUUCCCUGCCAAUGAUUUUCUCCAUUAUUUAUCAAAGAAAUUCAAACUCUUAAUACUCUAACUCAGAAUAACUUCAGUUUAUUUACUAUAUUUUUUGUGAAUGAAUUACUCUUACCCAAAUAGAAGUCUUCAUUUUUCCAAUAUUUUCCAGCAUUGUAACAUUUUUCCGAAGAAUUAAAUUUCAUUUGUAUAGAUUUCAGUGAUGCUUUGCUUAGUACAUACCCUGCUUCUGCUACAUUGUAUAUUUGGCCCCAAAAGGUCAAGGGAUGACCUAAAUAGUAUGGCACGUUGUAGUCCAGAGGUGCCACAUAAUAUCUUAAAUUUUCAGGAACAACAAACAUAUCAUCAUGAACAAACAAUAUCCAUUGCACAUCAUGAUACUCGUUUGUGAUAUGAUUGAUGGAUAAACACAAGAAAUGAAAUGAAUUCUUUGGCUGAAAGGUAACAAUUGGAAUACUAUGAUCAAACUGCAUUCCAAAAAAUACUAUUGCAUUGCAAUGUUUUCCCCAAGUGUCUUUAACUGCUCUGGCAUUUUUCACUUUUCGAACAAAUACAGCACAUAAAACAGAUACUUCUUUUUCUAAAAAUGCAGCCUCUGUAGCACCUUCUGGUUUUCCAUAAACAAAAGCAUCAAAAUUCACAGGCCACCUAGAAAGUCCUUUGCCCGCAAACCAAUCGCCAUAAUUUGGUAAUUUUCUCUUUUCUGGACGACAACUACCCUUCACAGACGAUAUGUGUUCCGUUUUGAAGAAAAGAAAUGCUAGAACAGCUCCUAUAGCAAAUCCAACAACAAACACUCUCUUUCUACAGGUGCGAAAAACAGAUAACACAUCCAUAUUAUUGCGCAGAUAGCUUUAAUAAUUUGUCAUAAAGAUACACAUAUUUUCUUCACAGGCUGAGAUCACUAUGGAUGCAAGUCAACACUUCUUAUCUACAAUUUUACAGAUGCAUUUUUCUAGAUAUUCGUACAACACUCGUCAUGCUUGCAUGUGCACUGAUGUGCACCUUGUGCAUGCUUCAAAACCAACAGCGUGUUUACAUCUGUCCAGGUCUGUGAUCUGCGCACACUGCCAGCUCCACUGGCCAGCUGUGCUGUCAACCAUACUUCGAUUGCUUCGCUAUUGGUAAUUUAUCUGUAACCUAAACUAAUUCGUUCAUUUUUAUCUAUUUUCCGUCUGGAAACGAAGAGGUGGAAUAAAAGGAAGCGAAGAAAUUGAAUAAUAUUUGCUUUAAUUUUUAAAAAUAAACGAAAGAUGAUUCUGCGUUGUGGCGCCACUGACUUUCAAAUCAUCUGUGAAGACUGGAAUCGAGGUCGAUCAUAUGAUUGGAUCAAAAUGCCAGGGUGUUACAUUUGUGAGAAGAUAUGUGUAACUCGUAUAUAAAUAGAAAUUAAACUCUUAAGUGUGUUUUAUUUGCACUGUUCAUGUACUUAAGCAUAAGUCGAAGAGUUUUGCGGGUACAAUUUUUGCUACGGAAUGUUUGUAGUGAUGUUUGCUCCGUACUGAUGACUUUUUCAAAAUUUGGAAGGAUGGAUGAUUUCCGUGCAGCAAAAUUACACCUGUUUUGGGGUACUCCGAUAACCUCGGUUAUAUAUGUAUCUGUAUUAACUGUUAUUGCGUGAUGCGAGUGAAAACAUUCUAAUCGUACCAUUGUGUGCAUUUGUUAAAGUGUGUAUUGCCACUUUCCCACGAGGGUUUCGACGACCACUUACGCAUUAAUAUUUGCUGAGGUGACUAAAUUCUGCGCUUCAUACAUGUUUAUUUCGAAAGUUCACAAUUACAAUAUCACGUAAAAUGCAAAGAUUGUAUCAUAUGUGUGAAUAUUGUGGAAAGUAGUGAUGUGCGAAUAUGUCGCUGCCAAACUCAACUCGGAAAGGAAGCUCAGUGUCAAAGACUACACGUUUAUUUACACCCUCGAUGGGGGUCACUCUAGGUGCUACAAAAUUGCUCAGAAUAUUGGCAGGUGUUGUGAUGCGGUGUUGGGCGCUGGCAGGUGCAGCCGUUUUGGCGUGCUUGUUACUUUAUUGGGCGUAUGGUGGUCUUAUGGCGUUUCUGUUGCUUUGUUUCGCAACUACAGGCAUUUUGUAUCAUAGUGAAGAUGGCUUGCUGUUUCAUCCAGAAUUGCCAGCACAUUCACGGGUCUUUGUACCUGUCCCUUCAAUGUUUGGUUUGCCUUAUGAAAAUGUAUUUGUACGCAGUGGAGAUGGCACUUUGCUGCAUAUGUUUUUUAUUCACCAUGCAGGUCUUGCAGGUGAACGAUUACCUACUAUAAUAUUUCUUCAUGGUAAUGCUGGGAAUAUGGGACAUAGAUUGCAAAAUGCACUGGGCCUUUACCACGGCCUACCAGCCAAUAUUUUGAUGUUAGAAUAUCGUGGAUAUGGACUGUCCCAAGGUUCCCCAUCUGAAGAGGGCUUGUGUAUGGAUGCAAGGGCAGGUUUAGAUUAUUUAGCUUCUCGUAGUGACAUUAAUCAUCAAGAAAUAAUUGUGUUUGGAAGAUCUCUAGGUGGAGCAGUGGCUGUAGAUGUGGCAGCUCGUCCAGAAUAUGCUUCAAAGCUUUGGUGUGUCAUUUUAGAAAACACUUUCACCAGUAUUCCUGAUAUGGCAAGAGUUUUGGCUGGCUGGAGGCUAUUAAACUAUUUACCACUGUUUUGUUACAAGAAUAAGUUUCUUUCGAGUACCAAAGUUUGCCACAUGACAACACCUGCAUUAUUCGUCUCAGGAUUGUCUGACACUUUGGUUCCACCUCGCAUGAUGGCAGAGUUGCAUAGACUUUGCGGGUCUCAUCACAAACAGCUACUUACUUUUGAACGUGGCACCCACAAUGAAACUUGGGCCUGCCCUGGAUAUUACCAUCAUCUUGCGACUUUUCUGCAAGGAGUUCGUUUGAGAAAUCCUUCACCUCGUAUUAUCACUGCUCCUGACAGUCCUCCACCUCCUCUUUGCACAAUACCAACUCCUGCUCCCCCACCUCUUCCCCCACCUCCCACACACUCAUCACAGAUCAAUACCUAGUUGUGAUACACAUGGAAGUACCUGGCAAUAACAUUUCUGAAUUGUUUUAAUUAUGUUCCACCCUAAAGUGGGAGCUUGUGACUGGUUUGACCUUUGAAAAGCAUUUGAAUAAUGAGUAUUCUCAGGAUAAAUUUCAACUUAUCCUUGAAAGCAUUAAUCCAAAGAUCUUUCAUUGUGUAAUGUACAAUUUAAGCAGUUUAAUUUCCAAGAGACGUAGCUGGCAAGGUGUUACAUUCUUGUACUGUAUAUUUCAUUUUUCAAAUGCUUGUGCACAAAUAAAGAUGAAAAUUUACAGGUACCUUUCUGACCACAGCUGUUAACUUUUUGAGAAUGACUGACGACACAAUCUCUUUUAGAAAUAUGAAACAUAAUUGGCUGUAUAAACUGAAUGCUGUUUUUGUAUCUUUGACUAAGUAUUCUAGUCUCUCCUUCUCCUCUACUUAUUUUUAUAAGCUCAAAAGUGCUGUUAGAUUAUUCCUAGUUCUAUUUUUUUAUAAAUUUGUCAUAUGUGAAAUAUGAACUUUGCAUUGUUUAUUGUUGUCAUUAAGGAAUGUGUACUUGGUUCACUUCAUCAGCUUAAUUUUUUUAAUGUACUGUUACAAACGUGAUCAGUUGUGGUUGUGAUAAUGUUUGAUAUUGCACUGCAUUCUGUCCAAGAGCCCGUCCGGAGUAUCAAUGCUACAAUUUAAAUUACUAAAUUACUGGUGCGCUUAAAUUCUUUGGGGUAGAGUUUUGUGUACAUCUGAGCCAGUAACAUAUCACAGUAAGUGCAGAGACAAUAAAACAAUGUAAUGGUCCAAAUGUGCCUCUUGGAAUUAAAAGAAAAUGCAUUGGCAACACUUUUGCAACAGUUUUUGAAUAUCUGCUAUGAAAUAGUUUGGGUAGAUAUAGUAAUAUAGAUGGCCUACUGUUGUAGUGCAUUUAUACUUGCUUCCACAUUGUAGAUUUUGUGUAAAAAGAAGAAUGUGAGAACAAGACAAUUGUGAAGAAGUGGUUGUGUAUUCUUUAAUUGCUUUGGAAAAUAGUUUUUCAAAAUGUUAUCAUUUGAGCAUUUUAUACUGUUUCUUAAUAAAUGGUCUUUGAAUCUGUAUUUGUUGUAAAAAAUGAGAUUGAAAACAGGGCCUUUCAAACAAGUGUUAUUUACUGCCUCAAUCAAUAUAGUUUAUUUAUUAUGAAUAUAGUUGGUUAGUCUUAACAUUUUUUGAUAAGACAAGUGUAGCAUAUAAGUGUUCCAUUAAAUGUUAAGAGGUGUUAUGAGGCCUUUUCUCACAAAAUGUAUAUUGUUUUAGUAUGUGAAAUUUUUAUUUAUCUCAAUCACCAUUUCUUAAACAAGAGUUUGAGAUCACACUAAAAACUAUUAUGUUACACAUUUUGAACAUUGUACUUCUAUUGUGAACUCUUAGUCAUUUAGUGCUAUGUUUUGCAUCAUGUGAUCUGCAGAUCACUAGUGCUUGGAAAAGAGGGAACUAGUCUGUUGGAGUAAAGUUGUGAAAAUAGAUAUUACCAAACAUUUUAAUUAUUCAAAAAUAAUAAAAAUUAUGAUGAAAGUAAUAUCAAAUGU